UGUGAUGGGUGAGAGCUAAACUGGGAGGAAUAAAGGUUAAAGAAAGAGGCUAAUGGACCAAAGUAUUUUACGUCUAGGAUUUAGGCUUUCUGAUCAGCUUUUUUACAAUCUCUGGAACACACUGACACAUCAUCAUCCUUCUUAAAUGAAUGACUCAAACCUGUCAGCAUGCAUAAGCACCUGAAUGCUCGUCAUCCAUUUGAAGGGGAGAAGGCCGGGCCACAUAGCCUAAGGCUGCACCGCCCUGUGUCUCUCCGUUUUCUCCUGUAUACCCGUCUCUCGGUGUGUGAGCGGCGAUGCUGUGCUGGGGCAGUGCGGCUUGCGGUCAGCUGGGCCUCACCGUGUCCGAGGCCGCUGUGUUCGAGCCACGGGGCUGCUGCAUCUUCGAUGGCAGAGGGCUGAAAGAGGUGGCAUGCGGCGGGCAGCACUCGCUGUUCCUAAUGCAUGAUGGGAGCGUUUACACGUGCGGGUCCAACAGUCAUGGUCAGCUGGGCCACGAGAAGCCUGGAGUAAAGCCUGAGCUGGUCGGUGCGCUGGAUGCCCAGAAGAUUGCAGGCGUGGCGUGUGGGCAGGCCCACUCUCUGGCCCUGAAUGAGCAAGGGCAGGUGUUUGCGUGGGGUGCAGGCGAGUGGGGACAGCUCGGGCUCGGCACUGCAGAGGAAUCUGUCCGAGUUCCACGAUUGAUUAAGAAGUUGUGUGAAUACCGGAUCUCACAAGUCAUGUGUGGCAACCAGCACUGUAUCGCACUUUCUAAAGAUGGUCAGCUGUUCACUUGGGGUCAGAACUCGAGUGGUCAGCUGGGUCUGGGAAAAGGUGAACCAAGCUCUCUGUCUCCUCAGCCCCUCAAAUCUCUGUGUGGGAUCCCACUGGCUCAGAUCAGCGCUGGAGGAGACCACAGCUUCGCCCUGUCUCUCUCCGGAGCCGUGUUCGGCUGGGGCAGGAACAGCGCCGGACAGCUUGGGCUCAAUGAUGAGCAAGAUCGAGCGGUUCCCUGUCAUAUAAAGUUCUUGCGCUCACAGAAAGUGGUCUACAUCAGCUGUGGGGAGGAACACACAGCCGCUCUGACCAAGGAUGGAGGUCUGUUUACAUUUGGAAACGGGUCGAGAGGACAGCUGGGACAUGACUCGACCAACAACGAGCCUCUGCCACGCAGGGUUUUGGAGCUCAUGGGCACCGAAGUGUCUCAAAUCGCCUGUGGCAGACACCACACGCUGGCGUUUGUUCCCUCCACCGGCUUGGUGUACGCCUUUGGCUGUAACGUUCAGGGCCAACUCGGCUUAGGGAUCAAAGGAAACGCCACGAUCCCUCUGCCGGUCCGAAACAUCCAGCCCCCUUUUCUCAACAAUUCACAAACAGAUCAGUACAGCAUCAGUAGGAUUCACUGCGGAGGCGACCACAGCUUUCUGCUGCUGUCACAUGGCAAGAACUGCCCGGAGGACUUCCGUGUUAUAAACACAUCGAAAAGCAUCUCCCUGAUUAAUAAGGAUAGUCUAAACAGUUGGAGGCUGAAGCUCCUGGACAGCACUGACUCCAGCAUCACAAAUGACAUCAUUCUGCUGUUGUCCUCGACCGCAUGUUGGAACGCCAGCUUUCUUGACCAGAGUGACGAUGGUCAUUUUAAAACCAACCCCAAAGUCCCUGGAAUCGAUCUCACCUCGGUCCGGCUGCUGUUUGAGAUCCUGAUGAAGCCAGCCUACUCACGGCUGCUGGAGCAGACCACGAAGAGCUUCGAGAGUUUGCUGAUCCCUCAGCUGCCCUGCUCUCCUCCUGAUGUGGAGGCCAUGCGCAUUUACCUGAUCCUGUCCGAGUGUCCGGCUCUGCACGACUCCAAAAACUACAUCUCCCUCACCAUCCCGCUCGCCAUGGCCAUCCUCCGGCUGGACGCCAACCCCAGCAAAGUGCUCGAUAACUGGUGGUCACUGCUGGACGGUGAGGUCUUCUCCAGGUUGGUGGAGAUGUAUAAGAGCAUCGUGGUGUUCCUGCUCACUGGUGGCAAGGCCCUCCUUAUCCCUGUGUUUCUAGAGAGCUACAUAAGUGCUACAUUGAAACUACUAGAGAAACUGCACAAGGUGAACCAGAAAGCCCACCAUGUGGAGUACAACUGCUUCUACAUCCCCGACAUCACCAGCAUGGUAGACAUCCAGGAAGACUACCUCAAAUGGUUCCUAAGCAAAGCCGAGAUUAAAAUGCGAUCUCCUCCAGUACAGAAUUCAGUUACGUUAUGUGCCUAUCCGUUCAUAUUGAACGCUCAAGCUAAGACAACCAUGUUGCAGACAGAUGCUGAGCUGCAGAUGCAGAUGGCAGUAAGUGGUGCCAACCUGCACAACGUGUUCAUGCUGUUAACGCUCGAACCCUUGCUGGCACAAAACCCGUUUCUUGUCCUGCACGUGCGAAGGGAUCACCUGGUCAGCGACGCUCUGCGUGAGCUCACCAUCUAUAAUGACGUGGACUUGAAGAAGCCCUUAAAGGUGAUCUUUGAUGGUGAGGAGGCUGUGGAUGCAGGAGGAGUCACUAAAGAGUUCUUCUUGCUGCUGCUGAAAGAGCUGAUGGAUCCAGUCUAUGGCAUGUUCACCCAUUACCCAGAAUCCAACCUGCUCUGGUUCUCUGAUAAAUGUUUUGUUGAACACAACUGGUUCCACUUGAUCGGGAUCGUCUGUGGCCUGGCUAUCUACAACUCCACUGUGGUGGACCUGCACUUCCCUCUUGUGCUCUACAAGAAGCUUCUAGAUGUUCCUCCUGUGCUGGAUGACCUGAAGGAGCUGUCCCCUACUGAGGGCAGGAGUCUUCAGCAGCUGUUGGACUACGAGGAGGAUGACAUAGAAGAUGCCUUCUGUCUCAACUUUGCCAUCAGCCGGGAGUAUUAUGGGGUAACGGAGGUGAAGGAGCUUGUCCCUGGAGGUGAAAACAAAACAGUGGACAAGUCGAACAGAGAGGAGUUUGUGCAGGCCUAUCUGCACUAUGUGUUCAAUGAGUCGGUGCGAGAGCUGUACUCUGCAUUUGCCAGCGGUUUUCUGAAGGUGUGUGGAGGUCGGAUCCUCUCCCUGUUCCAGCCCUCUGAGCUCAUGGCCAUGGUGGUGGGCAACAGCAGCUACAACUGGGAGGAGCUGGAGAAGAACGCGAGCUACAAAGGCGAGUUCUCGGCCUCCCACCCUACAGUGCGGAUGUUUUGGGAAGUGUUCCACGAGUUUCCUUUGGAGAAAAAGAAACAGUUCUUACUGUUCCUGACAGGCAGCGACCGGAUCCCGAUUCACGGCAUGUCCAGCCUGCGCAUCAUCAUCCAGUCCACGUCGGCAGAGGAGCACUUCCUGCCCGUCGCUCACACCUGCUACAACCUGCUGGACCUGCCAUGCUACAGGAGCAAAGAGACGCUGCGCUCCAGGCUCACACGCGCCAUCGAGCAGUACGAAGGCUUCAGCCUGGUGUGAGAGCACGGCCUUUUUCUCUCACACACACACACACACACACACACACACACACACACACUCUUGCACUUUCACCAAGGACGGAUAAUAUCUGAUCCCUUAUGCAGAGCUCCUCUGAGAGUGUGAAUAUACAGACUCUGAACUCUCCUGAGCUCUGACGGGAAUAAAUCUUUUAUCCGUGUUGUUUUUUUGUUUUGUUUUUUAAAAAGAGUGUUAGUGCAAGAAUUCCUGACGUGCACAUUGUUAUUCGGAGCACUUUUUACUUUCCUGUUCCUUUCCGAGCUCUGGGAACAGUGUCAGGAUCGGGAUUGUGUACGGUGGACGAGUCCGCCGUUCCGCGCCGAGACAGGAAAUAUUUUUGGUUGGUUUGGAGUCGCACCCGAGCGAGGGUGGGUUUAUUUUUUAUUUUGCCGACUUUUUUUCUUUUGGCAUUUGUGCUUGGCCAGAAAGAAAGAACUCCAAAAAGUCCUUGUCCUCUGAGCUUUCGACUGGAGAUGUCCAGAUAUCCAGACCUGCUGCUGAAGCGACGGAGGACGGAACAAGCCAUUAUCCAGACGUGAAAGUCUAUUAACCCUCUCCGCUUCUCGACCGGCGAAUUCUUUGAGAGUCCAUUUCCAACUCUGCCUUGAAAAACGAGCCACUCGCAAGGAACGCCUACAGCUUUCGUUUCUUCUCCUUUUCUCACUUUAGCGUGCAUGCAAGCGUGACGUCCAGAGCGGAAGCUGAGCCUGCUAAUGACUGUUUAGUGCCACAAUAAAUAUGUAUACGGUGAACCCGAAAAUGUUAUUUAUGGUUGGCCGGGGAAAAAAAAAUAGCAAAGAAAGCUGAUUAUUUGAAAGCUACGCUGACCGACGAUGAUGAGAUCCAGCAAUAACUGGGUGAUGUGCGUGAAUGGUUUUGAUUUGAAUGCCGGGUCUAUGCACAACCGAGCCGGACGCUGGUCCUGUGCGUGUCCCGAGUCCAGGGCGGCAGAGGUUCCUGCUCUAACACUCCAGCGGUUAAAGGUGUGGUCAAUAAUAAUCCGCUACGUUUUUUUUCCUUAACCUUAAAUACGUGCUCAGAGGAGAAACUCCUCCGCUUCCUGUGUAAUCCGGAUGUAGAAGCGUCUCUGCUCAUAUAGUGACCGUUCGAUUGUGAACUAUUUUUCAGGCAUUCGCGCACAAGUGGCACGUGUUGGUGUUUUUAUUUUUAUUUCUUUUUUUAAAUCAUAAUCACUCACUGUACCUUUAAUGUCGGUGAGCAGUGUGCAGGAAAUUAUUAUCCAAGAAAAAGGAAGAAAGGAAGCGUGACACAUUUCGGACUCACUGAAAGGGGCGGCGCUACUACGGGGCAUCGAUUUAUCAAAUAUCGGACACAAAUCUUAACACUCAUUUUAAAAUUCGAGAUUUAUUCUGAGAGCUUGCCAACUUUCUGGUUCAGCAGGGGCGGAGCUUAAUUUCCAUUCGACCGGACGAUUACAAAUUCAUUCCUCUUCCACCCUGAACUCAAGCUUUUGGUAUAAUAGUAAUAUAAUUAGUCAACAUUGAACAUUAGCUAGCUUCCUGAUGAGGUUGGAUUAGCCAUUUAACAUCACAGACCUGCCGCAGAUAAAACCAGAAUGGUACGUGAUGUCAGAUGAUCAGAAAGUCGGCCAGUUUGCGAUUGACCGUUUGGUGUAAAGUGAAGCUCCGCCCACUUUCGGUGUAUUUACCCAAAUGACGGAAACAUCCCGUCGUGUUUCGAGUGUUGGAGCAGGAAGUCAGAGUCCCUGGACCGGAGGCGUACCGCACCACCGGUGCUCUCAUAGAAAUCUUUUUUUUUCAGUCAUCAUUACAUCUAAAUCUGAGUUUCUUCAGCAUCCUCAUGCACCGUAUCUGAGGAUCGAGCAGGGACGCAGGACGUUUAAAAGGGAUUUCCUUUCCACAGCCACGACGUUAAGUCUUGGACCAGAAUGAUUCGGUGUGUAAAGUGACGCACACAAUGAAGCCUGAUGAUGAUGAUGAAGAGGCAGAAGAUAGAGGAGAGAAGCUCUACACACACCCUGGAGACACUCUGGAGCAGUGUUCAGCGUGUCCUCAGUGUGUCCUGCUGUGUUCAUUCAUCCACACUGGAACCAACAGCACCAAGCCUUUCUGCCCCCAUACCUUACUGUCAACUUCAGCAAUCAAGGGCUUCUUAGUGGCUGCUGCUGCAUUAUUUUAGUAAAGUAUAUUUACUUUUAUAUCUCUCUCUCAAAUGGAAUAUAUUGUUUUAUCUAUUUUUCUUUUUCCUUCCAGAGCAUUUAAAUUAAAAUGAAAAUUCCACCUCCCAA